AUGCCGUUCCUGCUCUCUCUCCUUGCUGAAUGCACGGCAUUUAUCCUCGUCGGACUUUGCCUUGUCAGAAUUGUUCGCGGAUACUUCUCGCCGUUGUCAUCUAUCCCCAAUGCAGGAGUAGGUGCACCGUACUCUUGCCUAUUAUGGGCUUUCCCAACAGAAUUCAGAGGACGCAUAACCUUGGAUCUCCCUAAACUUCAUGAGAAGCUGGGUCCCCUGGUUCGUAUUGGCCCAAACGAAGUUUCAUUUUACUCCAUGGAAAUGUAUGAUACAGUUCACGAGGUGAAUAGCAGAUUCAAGAAAGAUCCACGGGUGUAUGGAGAGUUUGUACAAGGUGACAGUCCUGCUUUGUUCUCAAUAACUGAUCCUGUGGAACAUUCGAAACGUAGAAGACUCAUGGGUCAAUUGUUUAACCGCAGUCAAAUGCAUAAAUUAGAAGGUCUGAUGUUGAAUCAUAUCAAUCAAUUUGUGCAAACUGUUGCAUCAAACAGAGAUAGGGUGAAUUUGUUGCCAGUUUGUCGCGCACUCGAAGCGGAUAUUAUGUCCGAUUUCUCAUUUGGUCAUACGAUCGGUGCUCUCGAUGCAUACUCUCAAGGAGCUGAACUUGAAAUGAUAGCAAGAAAUGAUGAAAAGGCGACUUGGAUGCCUCUGCUGACUGGUUUUCCGGGGUUGUGCAAUAUGUGGGAAUGGGUGGAACAAAUUGUGUCCUCGAGAACAGGCUACAGGACCCCGUACAACAGAGCAAUGUUCGAUUUUCAACAGUGGGCAGAAAAAAGUUGGCGCACAACGCUUUCAGACAACGCAAAUCAGGAAAAAUCUACUUUUUCCUUCCCAAAUCUGGUCCAGACCAUGAUUAAAUCAAACCUGCCAUCUUCCACAGCCUUGUCGGAAGCGACAGAAAAUCUAGGUCCAGGCACGGAUACAACCUCAGCAACUUUAGCUCACAUUUUGUGGGCUUUAGGAAGUAACUCUGAUUUUCAAGAAGAGCUGGUCCAGGAUCUGGCUAAUGUGGGGUUUCCCACGGAUAUGACAACCUUAGAGGGUAUACCUAAAUUACGGGCGUGUAUAAAAGAAGGUAUUCGAUGGACUGGUGCAGCUGCCGCCAUGCUUCCUCGUCUUGUACCCGAAGGCGGAGCAGAAUUCUAUGGGCACUUUUUACCGGAAAAUACAGUAAUCAGCUCGUCGCCAAUUUGGUAUCUUCACGACUCAGUCGCGUUUCCAAGGCCAAAAGAAUUUGAUCCGUACCAAUGGCUUACACCUGAUGGGCAGAAGAUUAGAGAUGAUCCAUUACGGGAUAAGUUCUACAUACCAUUCUCCAAGGGUGCAAAUAUCUGUAUGGGCGCACACUUUGCAUAUCUGGAACUGUUCCUAUCAAUCUCCCAAGUAAUCCGCAACUUUCGCGUACAUAUGCAUCCUUCAUCUCAUCAUCGAUCAUAUUCAGAUGAAGAGAAAAGGUCUAGCCUUGGAGUAUUCUGGCAUGUCGAAUUGCCAAAUCGGAGAGAGUGGGUUGCGGCUGUACCUACAGAACGUUUAAUGGUAGCGCUUGAACCAAGGUUAUAUACUUAA